CCCGCCGUUCUGUCCCACAGGUAAGGCGCGCACCGCAUCCCGCGUUUUACACGUAAAGGAGAAGAUGGAGCGGCCAGACCGAGCGCUGGCCGGGCACCCCCCGCAGACUCAGGGGGAAGCGGGGUUCGCGCUUCGGAGACUUUGGGGAAGGGCGGGUGUAAGAAAGACGGACAGGGACGUGCGCUGAUAGACAGACGGCUCGGCUGCCCACGUGGAAACGCGGCCCUGGGGGAAAGUCGCCGGGGCGAUCUCAGAACUGCGCGCGCGCGGCGGACGAGGUCCCCUGCGCCGGGAGCGCUUCGAGAAUCCCAGAGAACUAAGCACGGCCCCCAGGCCCUCGGGGCGCCAGGCCGGGACGUCCUCCGCCUCCUCAGAGGAAGGUUACGUUGGCCCAGCCCUGUGCAGGUCUCCGGAGACCAUGACUAAGAAGAGAAUUGCUGUGAUUGGGGCAGGUGCGAGCGGGCUCCCGUCUAUCAAGUGCUGCCUGGAAGAAGGCUUGGAGCCUGUCUGCUUCGAAAGGACAGGUGACAUAGGAGGACUCUGGAGGUUCCAGGAAAUUCCUGAAGAAGGAAGGGCCAGCAUUUACAAAUCAGUGAUCAUCAACACUUCCAAGGAGAUGAUGUGCUAUAGUGACUAUCUCAUUCCAGAUCAUUUUCCUAACUACAUGCACAACUCCCAGGUCCUGGAGUAUUUCAGGAUGUAUGCCAAGGAAUUUGACCUUCUAAAGUACAUCCGAUUCAAGACCAAUGUGUGCAGUGUGACGAAGCAGCCUGAUUUCUCCACUUCAGGCCAGUGGGAGGUGGUCACAGAAUGUGCAGGGAAGAAGGAGGUGAAUGUCUUCGACGGGGUCAUGGUUUGCACCGGCCACCACACCUAUGCUCACUUGCCCUUGGACAGCUUCCCUGGAAUCGAGAAGUUCCAAGGACAGUACUUCCAUAGUCGAGAGUAUAAGGAUCCACAGAGUUUCACUGGAAAGAGAAUCAUCGUCAUCGGCAUUGGGAAUUCUGGAGGGGACCUGGCCGUGGAGCUCAGCUCAGUAGCCAAGCAGGUUUUCCUCAGUACCCGGAGAGGGUCUUGGAUCCUCAAUCGUGUAGGAGACAAAGGAUAUCCUCAAGAUGUGGUGUCCUUAACGCGAUUUAAACAACUCUUCCUACAGAUGUGCCAUGAAUCAUUAAUAAACACGUAUCUUGAAAAUCAGUUAAACCAAAGGUUUAACCACGAAAUGUACGGCCUAAAGCCUAAACACAGAGCUCUGAGUCAGCAUCCAACAAUCAACGAUGACCUGCCGAAUCGUAUACUUUCUGGCUUGGUGAAGGUGAAAGGAAAUGUGAAGGAAUUCACAGAGAGAGCUGCCAUAUUCGAAGAUGGCUCCAGGGAGGAUGACAUUGAUGUUGUUAUCUUUGCCACAGGCUAUAGCUUUGCCUUUCCUUUUCUUAAAGAUGUAGUCAAAACAACCAAAAACAAGAUACUCCUGUAUAAAAAGGUCUUCCCUCCCAACCUGGAAAAACCAACUCUUGCAAUCAUAGGCUUGAUCCAGCCCGUGGGUGCCAUUAUGCCCAUUUCAGAGCUCCAAGGACGUUGGGUCGCUCAAGUAUUUAAAGGGCUAAAGACGUUGCCCUCACAAAGUGAAAUGAUAACAGAAAUAACUAAGAUUCAAGAGAAAUUGGAAAAAAGGUAUGUGGAGAGCCCACGCCAUACCAUUCAGACAGACUACGUCGCCAUCAUGGACGACCUUGCUGAUCUGGUGGGCGUCAAGCCCAACCUGCUGUCUCUGGCCUUCACCGACCCCAAACUGGCGUUACAGUUGUUUCUGGGACCCUGUACUCCCAUCCAGUAUCGCCUGCGGGGCCCGGGGAAGUGGGGUGGAGCUCGAGAAGCCAUCCUCACCACAGAAGAUCGUAUCAGGAAGCCUAUGAUGACGAGAGCGAUUGAAAACAGUAGUUCCUCGACUUCGACGAUAACCAUGGCCAGGUUUAUGCAGGCUGUUGUUCUCUUUGCCGUAAUCGUAGCUUAUUUUGAGCUGUUCUGAGGGGGCUGGAUCUUGAGAUGCCUUCAGAAUCCGACGAGACUAAACCACCCUCAGCUUCACGUUGCCUAGAAAUCUCCUUUUAUG